AUGAAUACGAUGCUGAAGUUUGAUCUUCCCGCCAAUCAAUCCCAGGUUACUGAGACUAUUGUUGAGUUUUUGCGAACUUAUCCCAUCUCCACCAAGCUCUGCUGGCCCGCCACCACCUCCUCCCCAUCCAACACCACCAUCCAACUCCUCACCCACGGCGUCGGCUUCGACAAGUCGUACUGGGACUUCUACUCCCCCACCUACUCGUACCAAAACACCGCCGCAAAAGCAGGCUACACAACCCUCUCCUACGACCGUCUCGGCGUCGGAAAGUCAGACCAUCCAGAUCCAAUCCAGGUCGUUCAGGCACCGCUCGAAAUCGAAAUCGCGCACCAGCUUAUCCAGAGCUUGCGCAACGGAGGCGACUUCGGCUCUGCCUCCUUCUCGAAAGUAAUCGGAGUCGGGCAUUCUCUUGGGUCGGAGCUCACAAACGCCGUCACGUCAAAGUAUCCCGAGGAUGUCGAUGCUGCGGUUUUGACGGGGUUCAGCGUCGAUACUGCCGGACAAAGCAACUUCUUCUCCGGCCUCGAUCUGGUGAUCGCAAGAGAGAAUCAACCGCUCCGCUUCCCGGAAUUGAAUAACGGGUAUCUGGUCUCGCAAUCCAUCGUCUCGAAUCAGUUUGGCUUUUUCCGCGCGCCGAACUUCGAUCCUCUUGUCCUUGAAGCGGCCGAGGCUUCUAAGCAAACGUUCACAAUUGGGGAGCUGUUUACGAAUAGUAUGUUUGUGGGGAAGGCGGGGGAAUUUAGGGGGCCUAUUGAUGUGGUGGAUGGCGAGAAUGACCUUCCUUUUUGCCAGUCGAAUUGCCUUGUACCUGAAAACAAAGCGGAAGCCGUGAAGGAAGCGCUCUACCCAAACGCAAACAGCUCAAGUAUGAGCUAUAUUGCGAAGGGAGUGGGGCAUGGACUGAAUUUGCAUUAUGUUGCUGGGGAGGCGUAUCAGCAGAUCUUUGACUUCUUGGGGAGUAAUGGAUUCUAAUAAUCGACGAUGAAGGGUGAGGGAUGUGGUUGAUGAUGGGUGGG